AUUGGAUUUUUAAAAUUAUUACUGAAGUUAGCAAAAAAGUUAACCAACUUUUCAAGUUGCUUAAAUUAGUAUAACAAGAAGGCAAAGCUAGACAAAAGGUGUCUCAAAUUAUCUUUCAAAUCCAAAAUCCAAACUUAACAAGCAGCACAAAGCUAGUAGUCUGCAUUCAGUUAACAUGUCUCAAGAAAAGCCCAUUUAUUAAAUCAGCCCAAUAAAGUUAAGGCCCAUCUUCUAAAUCCCGCAAGGGUUUAAGCUCCUCUCUUCUUCUUCUUCUUCUUCCUAUUCAGCAAAAGAAAUAUCUGAUGAACGAUACCAUUUUCGUUUUCUAAUUCGCAUCUCGAAUUUUCAAACCGGAGAAGAUGAACUCUCUUCACCGUAUCGUAGGAUCGAUCACCAGAGCAACGAUCACGCACCCAAUCUCCUCCAGGGUUCCGCACACCCUCCCUUCGAUCCUCGCCGACUUCAUGUCCACAACGCCCCGAAACGACGACGACGACAAAUGGAACGACGCGUGGGAAUCAGCUUGGCUCCCCGACGACCUCACCGACAAGACCCGAGCGCCGUGGGAGACGGACGUGAACUUCCCUUCCACGGAGGGGGAGAUCGACGUGGAGGCGAAGGCGUUCGUGGAGGAUAUGAACGAGCACUGGGACGAGAGGAGAGGGAAGAGCGGGAAGGAGGAGAAGAAGAAAGAGAGGAGAGAGGUCGGAGGAGGAGGAGAGUCGCUGUAUAGCGUGGAGACGAUGAAGAAGGAUUAUAGGUUGAAGAAGCAGAGAGUUCACGCGUCCUUGUGGGUUAAGGAGAUUGAGAAGAUGGAGGAAGCUAAGUUGGGGGAUGAUUCUGGAUCUGCUGGUGGUGGUGCUGAUGAUAUCGAUAGGCUUCUUGAUAGCUGCUCUGAGAUUUUCGACUCGGUAGACCAUGAUUUCGACAAAUUGGAAGUCUCAAGUGGGUCUGAAUUAAAAAACAAGCCUGAUGGUUGGGAAUCAACAACAAAGGAACAAGAUGGAAAUCUCUGGGAAAUGUCACAAAGAGAGGAAGACAUUCUUCUCCAAGAAUUUGAUCGCCGCAUUUCCUUCUGCAAAUUUCAGAUAGCUAGUUUUAUAAAGCAACACAUAUUCAGCAGGAGGAGACCAAUUGAUGGGUGGAGAUAUAUGAUCGAAGUGAUUGGUCCAAAUGCUAGAAAAGGCAAAGGUAGUGUUUCUAGGCUCCCUGCUUUGUCCGAUGUGUCGACUCAACCCUUUAAGGAAGAAAGUGGCAGUCUCAGUACCUUCAAGCGUCGGUCGAACAGAGAUUUGUGAGACUUAAGGAGGAGUGAAUGACAAAUGACAGUGGUUCUAUAAGUGUCACAAUGUUGUGAGAUUGUUUACAGGGAUCUACACAUUAUGUCACGUUAAAGACAAUACGCUUUAGAUCCUUAGUUUGCAGAUAUGAAUCUGAUGUUGUGAACUGAAGAGUUAUAGUUAUUUUAUAUGUAUGAUCUAAGUUUCAUUUUUUUUUAGCACCUGAAAAUGUACGAUCUAAGUUAUCU